AUGUCUUCGAAAUCUUCAAUUCUCUUCUUCACAACACUUCUUCUUCUCGUCGCAGUUUGUACAGCCAAUUUGGCAACUGGAAGAGCAUCACUCCGCCCAUCAGCCGGCAAACGAAGUGUUCUUGUCGGAAGAACACCUGCUCAUUACUAUCAGUUGGCAGCAGCAGCAGCGGUGAAGAGAUAUGAGAAUGAACUCACAUGCUCCAUGCACACAAUGUCUAUUCUGGAUGCUCGUCUACAACAACUUCAAGAGGAAAUCGAUGAAAUUGUUGAAGUCAUGGAGGCGUGUCACACAAUUCGAGCUGUUAAUUCUCUUUAA